UUUUCUUUAUUGUUACGUGUGCUGUAUACACAAUUUAAUCGUCUCAAUUCACCCCAUGGCCAACAAGUAUAAUCUCAAAAAUCCAGCGGUCAAGCGGAUUAUGCAAGAGGCGAGAGAAUUGGCGACAGAGUCAUGUUACGAAUACGAGGCUCAUCCUCUAGAGGACAAUCUUUUUGAAUGGCACUUUACGGUACGUGGUCCUGGCGACACAGAAUUUGAAGAGGGAAGGUAUCAUGGACGCAUAUUGCUUCCCGCUGAGUACCCGUUCAAACCUCCAGAACUCAUUUUCUUGACGCCGAACGGACGUUUUGAAUUAAACACAAAAGUGUGCUUGAGCAUUACUGGAUAUCAUCCCGAGUAUUGGCAGCCGGCUUGGGGUAUUAGAACAGUCAUACUGGCCGUCAUGGGCUUUUUCCCCACUGAAGCUCGAGGAGCAAUUGGUGGACUCGAUUACACAAAGGAAGAACGGCGAGUGUUUGCAAAAAGGUCGAAUACGUGGAUGUGUAGCGUAUGUCAACUUAGGAACGGUGAACUGCUUAGCGAUAAUGCUCCACGGAAAAAGAUAUCCUCAUCCGAUCAACAAGAUAUACCCAACUUCUCGCUGAGCUACCGGAAAGACAACAACGACAAAAGCAAAGACGAAACUGAGCAGAACCCAGUUGAGCAAAAACAACAAAUUGCCGAUAGCACCAAGGAGAUACAACCUACCCUAUCAACUUCUCUUUCUCAGUCUUAUUCAUCUUGUUCGUCAACAGCUGAUUCGUCUUCUGCACCACAACAUCAAAAAGUUCAACAAGAGAAGAAAAAGCAGCCAUCCACAACUUCGCCCUCAACACUACCAGCCAAGCAACCAACAGUCACUGAUGUUAGCAGUAGUGGUACUACCAAUACCAACAACAACAACAACAACAACAACGGUGCUUCUUCUCCACGUAUACAAACAAGACGUAAUCGACCCCCUCUUUGGUUGGACGGGCUAAUAGGUGCACUGGUGAUGCUUGUCAUUGCAUUGCUUAUCCGCCGCUACGCUUGGUAGCAAAGGUCAUAAAUUCCGACAUACCACUUAUCCAUCAUUUGCUAUUUAAAAUAGAUUUUGAAUCCAGAGUAUUGUACUUCUCCUUUAACACUGUCAGUUGAUAUUGGUGAGCCACAAGAGUCCAGUGAGGCCUAUUGUAGCUUUCAAAAGAAAAAAACACCUUUUUAGGUCUUCAAUAGCGUAUACUAUGGAUAAGAAGUGCUAUAUUAUUGCGGUCAGUACUAGUCGAUAAAGGAGGAUGCGACGUCGAAACCUUAUGUCCUUUGGGAGACAAACCCAUGGACAAGGCGACUCCUACAGAUGAUGCAGUUGGCCGCAGUAAAAUCUCAUUCUUUUACACGGGAACUCUCUAUGAUCUUUUUAUGGAUAAAAUUGUAAUGACCAUUCCUCGACCUCUACUAAGUGAUCAUCCUCAAACUCGAUGAUCACAUAUUAAAUCCCCAAGUAUGGUGCAUACUGUCCGU